AGUCUUCACUGAAAGAGGAGGACUCUCUCUACCUGAAUCCUCCAGGAGCUUUACUAAAGCCCAUCAUGGGGGGUACCAAACUCUGCCUUCUGCUCCUGCUGGGCACUUACACCCUGGCCCGUAAGUAACAGCUUUUCUGUCUGUCCUCUGCUUAAAAUCAUAGUUUACUGUUUCAGCUGUCACUGUUUGAAACGAUCACUAUCUACAUGAAUAUAUCUAUGAUCUAAAAUCAGAGAUUUCAUCUGUUUUAAUGAAGGAUCGACUCCUGAGGAAUAAUCAUGUUCAGAAAUAGAACUGCUUUGAUCAUGUUGGUUUUGUUUGGCUGGAGAGAGUCUCUGCUAUUUCAUUCUCAUUUUUAAUGUGUGUUUCUUUUUUUUUUUACAGAGCAAGAUGUUGGAAAUGUUGAAGAACAAUCUCCAGUUUGUCUCUGUGAGUUUCUUUUUCUAAGACAUUUAUAAGAUCUUUUAUUUUUACUGAAACACAGAUGAACCUGAAAAUGAGAUUUAGAUGAAUGUUUAAAGUUAAACUUUGUUCCCUCUGGAUGGAUUUUAAAAGCUUCAUGAACCGGGCUCCUAUUUUCUGGACGUUUUUCUAAAGUGGAUCUUUGAAACUUUACAAACUUCCUAUGAACAAAAAAAGUUUUACAGCGUUUUUAAAGUAUUUUAAGUCCUUUUUAAAGUUCAUUUUUGAAGUGUUUUAUUUCUUUUUUUUAAGUUAGUAUUUUUAUAUAGUGUUUACAGUCUUUUUUUAAAGUGUCAUAUCUUUUUCAAAAUUUUGUUUAUUGAAGUGUUUUCAUGUCCUAUUUAAAAUUAGUUUUUUAAGUGUUUUAAGUCCACAGUUUUAAGUUUUAGUGUUUUAUGUCUUUUUUAAAGUUCUUCUUCUUUAAAAUAGUUUUUAAAAAUGUUUUCAUGUCUUUUUUAAAACCAGUUUUUAAACUGUCUCAUGUCCUUUUUAAAGUUCAUUUUUAAAGUGUUUUAUGUCCUUUUUAAAGUUCAUUUUUAAAGUGUUUUAUAUCUUCUUUAAAAUAGUUUUUUUAAUGUUUUCAUGUCUUUUUUAAAAUUAGUUUUUAAAGUGUCUCAUGUCCUUUUUAAAGUUAAUUUUUAAAGUGUUUUAUUCCUUUUUCAGUGUCAAAAAGAUUCAAGAACUUCAGGCGGUUUGUGUACGAUUACGAAGCUGAGACCUUUAACGGCAUCAGCGGCGCCACUGACAACAAGAGCGGCUCCAAAGUCUCCUGCAGAGUACGUCUCAGACCUCGAACUCUCUCUGACAUGCUGUGACUCUCUGAAUAAGAAGGCAGCAUCCAUCUUUAACAUGUUUGAUUCGCUCCACAGGUGGAGGUUGAUGUUCCCCAGACAUGCAGCUUCAUCCUGCGCACCACCGAGUGUUCCCUGAACGAGAUCUUCGAUGUGGAUGAGGACGGGAACUCACUGUACCGCCCUGCUGCCGGUGCUGAGGCCUUCAGAGAUGCCAUGGCCAAGUGAGUCAGCUGCAAAGUUUGAACAUUUCUUCUAAACCUGAAAUAUGUUGAUGGUCCCAGUAAGGAAGGUUCAACGGUCUGAAUGGUUUAAAUGGUGAUCUGCUCACAGGAACCCCCUGAAGGUCACAGUUGAAGGAGAACUGGAGGUCAAACUCUACCCUGAGGAUGACGAGCCCGUCAACAUCCUGAACAUCAAGAGGGGAAUCGUCUCUUCUCUCAUGGUCCCAGUGAUGGAGGAAGAGAAGAACAAGAAAAUGGUAUCUAAUCAGACCGCUCCUCGUACCUGGGUUCACUUUAGUCCGUUUUCACAGACGUUAGCGAUCAAUCAAGGACAGAGUGAAAAAGUGGAUCCUGAUUCUCAUGCAGAGAUAAACAUGUUGCACAAUAAGCAGAUAAGCUGCCCCAGUCCCAGGUGAUAAAUCCUCCUGUAACAUCAUGUUCUUGGGAUGAUUAUCUGCAGCUCCGGGUCAAAGUCUGAGAUAAGUUUAUCUCACUAAUGACCUCACCUGCUUUCAUAACAGUGAGGUCAUCUUUCCGAUCGAUUGAUAACUCAGAGGCCGCUUAAGGACACAAACAUGUUUACCAACCAGGAUCCUCAAACCCAGUCUAGUCCACUGUUAUUAAUGAUGUCCCUCUUUGUCUUCAGUCCACCGUCCAUGGAAUCUGCCCCACCGACUUCACUGUCAACGCCAGAGAGGACAUCGCCACUGACGUGACCGUCAGCAGAGAUCUUUCCAAGUGUGACAUGUUCUUCGCUCGCAGGCAGCACACCAGCCCUCUGGCCCUCAUCACCGGCAUGGUAAGAGACCGAGACUGAAGGUUGUUAGAACGUGGAUGAGAUCUGGAGACUCAGAGAAACAAAGUUUAAUACAACAAGGUCAAACUCUUUUAACAUCAUGUUUCUCUGAACAGAACCUCCCCCUGUCCAAGAUGAUUGACAGCUCUCAGACCUGCAACUACAAGUUUGACAACCAGAAGAAGCACAUGACCAGCGGCACCUGCACAGAGAAACACAUCUUCCUGCCCCUGUCUCACAAGUGAGUUCACAGAAUCAUCGAAACCACGGAGGAGCGAAUUAGUAAAGUGAUUUCACUCCAAGAGGGUUUCAGAAGUCUCCAGUUUCAAAGUAUACUGGUUUAAAAACUGGACUACAUCCCACAAACACUUGAGCUCAAAGUUUGAUGUGUCUCUAAAAGUGAAUUCUCUCUGAGGUCUCUGAAUGUCUCUCUGUCUUAAACAGGAAUGAGUUCGGCGUUUCUUCUCUGGUGAAGCAGACUUUGACUCUCAGAGAGACCUCCAAGAUCAACGACCGUGUCUUUGACCGCAGUAAGUCUUCAGGUUUUACUUAAGAAGAGUUCCUGUCUUAACAUCGUCCUUGAACGUCUUUUAACCGUUUGUGGGUCUUGUUUUUUGCAGAUGAAGAUAACAUCAAGCUCCUGCCCAUGGAUGUGGUUGAAGACAAGGCCCCCAAGCAGGACACUCAGGCUGUCAUGACCACCCUGCAGAAGCUGAAUACCCUAUCUAAGACCACCCAGGGCGAGGAGCGCACCGCCCUCUUCCACACUCUGGUGAACGAGCUGCGCGGCCUGGAUGCCGAUACCGCCGUGUCUGCUGGUACUGAGAUGAUGGACGUAUCCGAAUCUCUGACGUUUCAAGCUCUGGCCCAGUGCGGCACCCCCGAGUGCACCAGCGCCAUGCUGGGGGCUCUGCGGCUCUUCGACCAGGGCGCUCUGGAGGUUGAUGCUGUUGUCUACGCUCUGGGGAUGUUGCCUAACCCCUCUCGCCUCAUGGUGAAGGACAUGCUGGCUAUGGCUCAGUACAAGCAGAGCAGACCCAUCAUGUACGCUCUGAGCAACGCCGUCAGGAAGUAAGUGCUCCAACACGUCCGAUUCUCUGACUUUGUCAAGAGUGUUUUUGUUUUCCAAUAAAUCACGGAUGUUGAAUUUCCUCAGACUGUACCAGGCUGAAGGUGUCACCCCUGAGAUCUCUGCUGUUUAUGAGUACCUGGCCUCCAUCCUGGGUGCAGACUGUCCCGGAGAGAAGGACCUGACCUUCCAGACCUUGAGAGUAGGUUACAGGCUGUAAAGUCGACCACUUUGAAUCAAACUAUUUGCAGGAGUCAUUUUCUCAUAAGUUGUAUUUCUUUCCACCCAGGUUGUUGGAAACAUGGGAGAAGCAAUGGAGGCUGUAGACCCAACGAUUAAGACCACCCUGCUCAAGUGCAUGAGACAGCCUGCAACCACCCUGUCUGUGCAGCUCGCUGCCAUCCAGGCCUUCAGACGCAUGUCUGUGACAGACGAGGUGAGCCUCACUUUCAGGAGUCUCCAGCUUUAUCACAGUUUCCUUGUUUUAUCAUCUGAGUAACCGUCUCUCUCCUGUUCUGCUCAGGUUCGCUCAAACCUCCAGAGAGUCAGCCAGUACCCCAAAGGUGCCGUGCAGAAACGCCUGGCAGCUUACCUGACCCUGAUGAGGAACCCUCAGGACAGCGACAUUGAGAUGGUGAAGAAGCUGAUCAAGCAGGAGCAGAACAUGCAGAUCAAGUCCUUCGUGACCUCCCACGUCUACAACAUCAUUUCCUCCACCGACCCAGAGAUUCAGAAGUAAGAGGAGAGAAUCUCUCACUGAACAGCACAGUGUCGGCCUGUCUGUCUAUGAUGCUGUUUUAACAACCAAAGUCCUGGUGUUUCCUCAUUGUGUCAAACUUGAUUGUUUCCCCAGGCUUGGCAGAAAGAUCGUGGACGCCCUGGAGGACACUGAGGUCACUGCACACAGUGAAUUCACCACCAAGUCUGGAAACUUCAAGCUGAGUGGCAUUCAGGGUAACAUCAUCUUUGACCCCAGCAGCCAGAUGCCAAGGGAGCUGCUGCUCGAGACAACCCUGAAGGCUUUUGGCUUCAACAUGGAUGUUUGGGAGGUAUGCACCAUAAACUGUACUUCAUAGAAAUCUUCCUUUCAGACCAACGAAGGAGAAAAUAUGCUUGGCUCACACACAGGAAACUAACCCUGCUUUUCUGACAGAUCGGCAUGGAAGGAAAGGGCUUUGAGCCAACCAUGGAUGCUUUGUUUGGAAAGAACGGCUUCUUCCCCGACACCCUGUCCAAGGCUCUGUACUGGGCCGAUGACAAAAUGCCACCAAAGGUCAGAGAGGUUCUGAGGAAAUGGGUUCCUCCCAUGGACAGCGAAGGAAACAAAGUAAAGAUUUCUGCCACUAAAAAACUCUGAUUAAAGUUAAUCCCACCGAUACCAUCAACACUAACACAACUGUCCUUUCAAAGGUUGCUGAGAAUCUGAUGAGAGAAGUUGCCCGCAACUUCAACAAGCUGGUCAAGGAUCUGCAGAGCCAGGAGUCCCCAGAGGCCAUGGCCUACCUGAGGAUCAUGGGAGCUGAGCUGGGUUACAUCAAGGGCAGUGAACUGAGGUUUUUGGCUGAUAACGCCAUCAUGUAUACAGAUAUCCUUCUGAGGAUCAUCCCCACCCAGGUACUGUUGGGCUCACAUGCACCGACCCUUUUUCUCUUUCUCUCUGCCUCAAAUAUCAGGGAUUUAAAACAACUCUUUUUAUUUCAUCAGGCCAUCGCCAAGCUGAUGUCCAGCACCAACAACGAGUUCUUCGCCCAUUACAUCUUCAUGGACAACAAAUUCAUGAUGCCAACAGCCACUGGUCUCCCCCUGACAUUUGCUCUGUCCGGCACCUUUGCUCCCGGUGCGAAGGGAGGCCUUCACAUGGCACCAAGCAUGGUAAAUGCUCUAAAACUAAAGGAUGACACUAUAGGUUUUUUUGUGACCAUAUUUAUAGUUAUAGUCAUAUAUGUGAGAAAACAUGACCUGUUGUGGUUUCACAGAAGGAGCUGGUGUUCAUGCCCUCUGUUGGAGUUGAGUUCGUCACUAAGAUGGGAGUCAACAUCCCUGAAUUUGUGGAGUCUGCGGUUGAAAUGCACACCAACAUGUACCAUGAGAGCGCCCUCAAUGCCAGGAUCAGCAUGGAGGAGGACCAGAUCAAGCUGUCCAUCCCCGCCCCUCAGGGCACCACUAAACUCUUCUCCAUCAGGUAUGAAGUAACUGCUCUGACUCUAGUGUCACAUCCAGGUGUGUAUCACUCUUGGUUUUCUGUGUCCUCAGAGACUAAACCUGAGUUUGUUCCCUCUCUUCCUUUUGAACAGAAACAAAGUGGAGAUUGUGGGCGGUGGUCGCACUGUGGAGAUCCCACACACAGAGGCUGACGUCACCUGUGGUAAUCUCUUCUCUGGAGUCAAGUACUGCAGAGAAGUGACCUCUGUUGACACUCAUGGACGGACUGAUGUCCCGUACUUCCCCCUGACUGGAGACAGCAGGUGAGUCUUCCUUUGAAGAAAAUAAAACUCAUGAUUUUGAAGUUUAGUGUCUCUGGGUUCAAUUGAACAAAUAAUGUUUUAAGUCCCAUGGAUUAUUCUAUAUUGUUUCAGUUUGAGGGCCACGUAUUGAUCAGCAUCAAUUAUUCAGCUUCAGGAAGUGUGAACUUUUACUUCUUAUUUUCCAGCAGUUCGUUUUAAAACGUUUCUCUUUCUUGUGUGAGAAACAUUGUUUGGUUUUUUUGCUGCCUGAAAAUGUGAAGGAAAACUCAACAGAGAUGUUUUCUUUCCGUAGCUUUGCUCUGACGAUCAAGCCCACCGGCGAAGUCUCUGAGUACACCGCCACCAUCGCUUACCAGCUCCUCAGUGAGGGAAAGGAUGGCCGCCAGAAGGUUGAUUCUCUGACGUUGGCCCUGAGAGCCGAAGGUACGAGCCUCCUUCUUAGAAAAAGAAAAUGAUAAAUAUCUUGUCUAACUUUAACCAGUCUAUCUUCCUUCCCUUUUUUGUUUCAUACAUAACUCAAUCGAUCUUUUCCUAACGUUGUGCCUUUAGGUGCUCAGCCCUCUGAAGCUACAGCCACCAUGAAAUACAACAGGAACAGGAACGUCUUCACAUCUCAAAUCCAGAUCCCAGACUUUGAUGUUGAGGCCGGCGUUAAGGUUGGAAUGAGUGACAGCAGCGCCAAAGGCAAAUCCAUUAUUCUUGAGCUCUCCAACAAGAACGUGCCUCAGAUCUCUUUGACUGGCCGAGCCAAGUGAGUCAGCUCAGACACGAACAUCUCACCUGAAGGACCUCAUCUGAGAAGUCUCUCUGUGCAUACAAGCUUGAUUCGUUGACUUGAUUGUUUGUUAUCUGACUGCUUACAGGCUUCAAGCCAUGACUGAUGGCAUGCUGCAGGUUCAGCUGUUGGUGCCCUCACUUAAGACAGACGCCUCCGUCACCACCACCAUGAGCUCAGCUGAUGGACUCACCAUGGAGAUCAAGAGUGAUGUGAAGCUCUCUGAAUCCUCUUCCAUCCAGGCCGUGAUCAUCAAAUACGGUACGUUUGUUUUAUUACACAGAAUAAAAUAAUAUCUGGAUUUUAGGGACGGUCACAAAUGAAAUGUUAAAACUCCUUUUUGUCUCAGGCGACGACAAGGCUGAGGUCCAGCUGCUGUCCAACGUGAACGCUGAUACCAGGAUCAUUGUGCCCUACACUGAAGCCCUCAAGCUCUGGCUCAUGCAGUUUGUAGAUGAUGUGAUGGACCAGCAGGUGGUCAAGACUGACAUGAAACUGCGUCAUAUCCUGAACAAGGCAGUCAAGGUACGAGAAAUGAUGGUAGUUUUGUCUUUUUACGCAGACUUUGAUCAUCCAGUUCCUCCAGAGUAGAGCAUGAACAAAUGUGGGGUUUUUUUAUGCUCAACAGGCUAGCAAUAUCUGGAUGGACAAGAUCACAGCUGAUGUCCCCUACGUCGAGACUCUCAGGAGCAAACUGGAAAAUGUUGAAAUGCCUGAAAUGCCUGAAAUGCCUGAGAACCUUUUCAUGAACAUGUAAGCGAUCCCUGCAUUAAGUUAUUCAGGUUAAGAAAAACUGCAGCCAAAUAAUCACGGAGAACACUCGUGUUUUCUUACUCGAUAAAUCUGACGCAUGAUCCUUUAUGUUUCUUCCACCAGUGAACACACCUUCAAAUAUGAGUUCAACCAGGAACAACUGAGCAUCACUUUCCCUCUGCCUCUUGGUGGCAAGUCAUCCGAGGAGCUCCAGAUUCCUGCUGUGGUUACCUCCCCACAAAUCUCCCUGCCUCAGCUGGGCGUGGAGGUUGCCUCAAAGGAGAUCAGCAUCCCCACAUUCACCAUCCCGUCUGAGUAUGAUCUAACCCUGCCUCUGAUGGGAAUGAUGGAAAUGACUUCCAAGGUCAACACAAACUUCUAUAACUGGGAGGCAACUGUGUCUGCUGGAAACAACACUGUGGAGUCUCCAAGCUAUCUGGCCAAGUUCAAUCUGAUGUCUGAAAGUCCAAUCAAAGUUCUUGCCUUUGCAACAGAGGGUAAUUUGAUCUCUUCUCUUGUCAUCAGUUGAAUGAUGAAAUGGAUGCUCUUGUUGUAGUUGAUUAAUAUCUUACUGUUUUGUCUGUCUUACAGGAACAGCAAAAAUCACUGAUACAGCAGAGGAAACCAUGAAAAUGGCCAUCGAUGGUUCUCUGACUCAUAUGUUCAUGAACACUGGUUUCAGUGUACUGGAAACCAUCGCUGUCACAGACAACGUGAUGUCAACAGGAAGGUACAAUGUGUACGCUGCCUCCCCUGUGGGUCUGGACACCUCUCUGACCAUUACCACCCAGCUCGGCCUUGACGCCAACCUGAUCUCUGGAGAUAUCAACACAGAUGGAAGCGUGACUAUUGGACCCAUGACUGCUAGCACCACUUAUCUCCACACCUUCUCCAUUGAGCCAGCAAAGAAAGAAGCAAGACUGGAGAGCACACUGCGUGUGACCUCUGAAAUCCUGAAGGUUAUGAACAAAGUGAAGGCAUCAUAUGCAGAUGAGGAGCUUCUGAUUGAGUCCAACACCAACAUGAACACUGAGCCCAUCAAGCACACCACCAAAAUGGGCCUAAGCUACAAGGAUGCCAAGCUAACUGCCCACACUGACUCUGUGACCAAGGCCAAUGAGCGAAUGCUCCGUAGUCAGGUCGAGUUCUCUGCCUCUGAGGGACAGGCUGUCCUCAGGAUUGAAAACCAGGCUGAUGACACAGUAAACCGGGCCUACUCUUUGCUCACUGGCUCCAUGGACCCAUCUGGCCUGGAAAUCAACGCUGAUGCAUCCUUGAACAUCUUCUCAAGCCUUGCUGCUCACAAAGCAACCCUGAACCUGAACACAAACGGUUUGACCACCAGCUGUACCACAACAGCUCAGUACAGUCCAAUGACCUUUGAGAAUGUUUUCCACGGUGGCGUUGACUCUAAUGGUGCCACCAUGUCUCUCACCACCAAGGGAGCCAUCAAAGAAAAUACAGCUGAGCUUAAUGUGGAGGGAAAGAUGGCAACUACAGAAGUAUAUUUCAACGGCAUCUUGAAGGGCAACGCCUUUGACAUCAACACCAGAAACCGAGUGAAUCUGAGACUGAACGAAGAUGGUCUGGUCCUUUCCAACAACAUUGUCGGAUCCUUCAGUGAAAUGAGGACAGAAAACACCCACUCCCUGUCUCUUACUCUGAGAUCCCUCGCCCUCACAUCCAAGAUGGACAACUUCCUGAACAACAAGAACUCCUACAUGCACGACAUCGCAGUUAACAUGGAGCCAUACGCUGUCUCAGUCAUGGUGAAAAACGACCUGAAGGUCAUGGAGGUUAACUUUGUGAAUGAUGCGCAGUUCAAGGCUGAGCCCUACACCAUGGAGCUGACAGGAGCAAUGACGGGAGUCUUUGCAGAGGAAGAACUCAAGCACUCCUAUGAAGUCAAAUUUGUGGACAUGGUCCUCUCUGCCAAAUGCAAUACCAAUGGGAAGCUCCUGGGCACUCACAUGGCACAUACCACUGAUAUGGAGGUUGCUGGUCUGACCAUGAAGUUCAGCAAUGCUGCCAACUUCAACUCACCAUCUCUGCGCCUGGACAGCACAGUCAACGCUGUCGCCGCACCCUUCACUCUGAAUAUUGACGCCAUUUUCAACUCCGAUGGCUCAGUGUAUCUGUACGGACAGCAGAGUGGUGAACUGUACGGCAAAUUCCUCCUGAAAGCAGAGCCCAUGGUGUUCACACACUCCUUGGAGUGCAGAGCCUCAUCAACCCAUGAACUGGAGGGCAGACCAGCUAUCAAGACCAUUAUGGAAAACAAGUUCAAUAGCAUCCUGAGCUUCCCAGAGCAAAGUGUAUCCCUGAAGGUUACAGCUAAAGCCAACGAGCACACUCUCAGUCAAGAAAUGAACGCCUAUAACAACGCAGAGAAACUGGGUAUUGAGAUGACAGGAGAGGUCUCAACUCCCCUCUUUGGUGAGACCAGUGAAAAUUAUGCAGUCUCUGGAUUUGUGAAAUAUGACAAAAAUAGCGAGAGCCACUUCCUCCAGAUCCCCUUCAUUGAGCAUGUUCCCAUCUUCGUUGAAAACGUGAAGGUCGCAAUGAUGAACCUGAUGGAUCAAAGCAUUGAGAUGCUGAGAAACAUCAACACCGAGUAUGAGAUCAGCACCAAGUUCCAGAACAAAGUGUCAGAGCUGAAGGAGGUCAUCAACAACUUUGACUUCAACCUCUUUGUCCAAGACCUGAAAAAGUUCCUCACCUCAAUUGAAAACAUGUUGACCAACCUGACAGCCAAGUUGCCCACAGAGCAGGUAAUGAAUAUGUUGAGAUCUGUAAAGGAAACUGCCAUCACCUGGAUCAGGAAUUAUAACAUCCCAAACAAGUUCAAUGAGGUCUAUGCCAAGAUUGAAGAGAUCCUCUCCAGCUAUGAGGUUGAGAAGAUCAUUGGAGCCAUCAUGGAUGAGAUUGUUAAGAUCAUGAAGCAGUAUCAGGUGAGGGAGAAGAUCCAGGCUGCAUUUGCUGCUAUUAAGUCCAUUGACAUCCAGCCUUUGCUCAAAAGAGUGAUGGCACCUGUUCAGGAGAUUGUCAACGAAGUGUACUCCUUUGACUUUAAGCAGCUGAUCGAUGACAUGAGUGACUACUUUGUGAGGAUGGUUCAGAAAAUCAGAUCUUUCGAUUAUGACACAUUCACAAUGGAGCUGAAAGAGACAGUGGUGGAAAUGAGCAAGAUUCCCUGUUUUGGAAAACUCUCCGGUGAGUUCAGAGUCACCUCACCUCACUACACACUCAGGACCUCCGCAGACCUGGAGAACACCACCACGACAUCUGUCACACCUGAGUUCAAGCUGAACCUCAACUCCCAGGCUUUCUCCACCCUGAAGGUCCUUGACCACACUGUGGAUGCCAGUGCUCAUUUUGCAGCACCAAAGAUGAGUCGUGUGUCCAUCUCUGAGGACAUCAAAGUUGACCACUCCAGUUUAACACUUGCCCACAAGGGAACAAUCAAUCUUUACGGCCUGUCUGCCCAAGCUUCUGCUGAAACUACCGCAAAGGUUGACACUGAGCUCUAUGUUGCUGAACUUGUCAAUAAUGUCUUCAUUGCCAUGGAAAAUGGAGUUUCUGCCAACAUGGACACAACCUACUCACAUGACAUCAGGCGCCUUGGUAAAGCAUCACUGAACCAGAAAGCAGUUUUUGUGAUUGAAGCUGGCACUGUCACCCUGACCAUCAACAAUCUGGCCAAUGAACAGAUUGCAGUCCUGGACUUCUCAGAUGAGGUAACCCACAAGAGUGAUAUUGAGAUAGUCAUGGAUCUCCACACAGCUAAAGUCACCAUCACCGGAGAGACAGGAAGCAGCGACCUGAAAAUGAAUCAGAAUGUGGUUGCAGAUAUUUGCAUCUUCCGUCACAUCACUUUUGAUGCCAGAUUUGAGACCGAGACACCUUUCAUGAAGGGCAGUGUUGCAGCUGUCAAAUUCCAGGCUAAAGCUGAAGACAUGAAAAUUGAUUUCACCGCCUCUCACACUGCAGAACUCACUGGAAGUGUUGACGGUACUCUCUCAAGCUCUGCUCUUGCUUUGAUCACACCCAGCGAGCUCAUGUUUGAUACCAAGAACAAGGGAAAUACCAAGAUUACCCUUCCAUUUGGGCUAGCUGGAAAGAUGGAUCUUCAGAAUGACAUCUCUUUCACCCUGAACCCUGAGGUGCAGCAAGCUAGCUGGACGGGUCUGGCUAGAUUCAACCAGUACAAGUACUCCCAUUACUUCAGUAUGGAUAAUGGUGAGAAAGAAAUCAAUGUCUUUUCUCAGAUUGCUGGAGAAGCAAAUCUGGAUGUACUGAAGGAGCCAUUCACCAUCCCUGAAAUCACUGUGCCAUUUGUUGGCUUCAAUACACCAAGAGUGGAAGACUACUCACUGUGGGAGGACACCUUCCUGAGUAACAUCCUGAUCACAACCGAGCAGACAUUUGACAUGAACAUGAAGCUGAAGUGCCUGAAGAACCCUGAGAUGAUUCCCAUUAACAUGGAUCCAAUAAUCGAUGCCAUCAAUGCCAAUGUCAAGACUCUGCACAGGAACAUGCUCAUCGGCAAGGAUGCAGCUGUCGACCUUCUGGCUACAUCCUACGACAAAGCCAGGUCAGAAUAUGAGAAGUACGAGCUCAGUCUCAUCACCAUGCCAGCUCUUGAGGUUCCAUCUGCCCUCAGAAAGCUCACACUUCCAAGAAUCACUCUGCCCAAAAUCCAUCACAUCUGGAUCCCUAAGAUGGGUGAUCUGACAUACGAGUUUGCCUUGAAAUCAGCUAUGAUCACUCUCAGAACUGACGCCAGUAUCCUGAACCAGGAAAGCAUCAUUGUUAAACUUGAUGCAUCCUCAUCCUCUGAAUGUGAGCACCUGAAUGGAAAGAUCGAAGGCACCGUCAACAUCGAAACAGUUGGAGGACUCAAGAUGGCUUCCGCCUUGUCUGUACAACACAUGAUGCUGGAGGGCAACCACCAGGGCACCAUCAUCCUCAGCUAUGAAACAGUUGAUACCUCCAUCACCAAUUCAGCAAAGGUUAAUCUUCCCUCCCUGACUAUGGAAGUCUCCCAGGAGAUCACAGGAAAUCCAGAACAAGGCCUUGUUAUGUCCCUGUCCACUCCAUCUGCUGGACUCAUCGCUCUUCAAAUGCAGACCAAGCGCCCAGUUCAGGUUAAAGCCAGACUGUAUGGCCGUUACCCGGUAAGACCACGUUUGCUCUCAGAUGAUCAGUGAUUUUCAAUCUUCAUGCCUUUGACACUGAAGUAAUAUUUAUUUUCUUUUUAUGUUUCAUGCAGUCUGAGCCAUCAACAGACAUCGAUAUCUUGGGUGUGAAGAUGUCCGUGGUGAACUCUGAGAAGCUGACCCUUCAGACAACCUGGAACAUGGAGAUACCAUAUGAGAUGAUGCUGCAAGUGAAGGAACAGGUUCCCACAGUAAUGGAGAUGGUGUCUGAUCCUGCUGCCAGGACCUAUGAGGCCGUCUACAGGCAUGCUAGAAGUCUUGAGGGUUCUUUUGAACAGGCUAAAGAGCAGGGUAAAGAGAUGUUGAAGAGAGCUGUUGACAACCUCGCAAGUGUUAAUCCUUCCAGCUUUAUGACAACUGUCACAGAUAAGACCAUCUUUGUCCUGAGAAGGUACCAGAGGAGAGUUGAAAUGGUUCUUGAUGCUGUUGUUAAAUUCUUGAGGGAGACAAGGUUCCAGAUCCCUGGCUAUGAGGAGAGGCUGUCUGGGCUGGAGGUGUAUGAGAAGUUUAGCGCCUUUGUAGCUGAUGUUUCUGAGGAGGCUGUUGAGAAGAUUCCAGAGUACCUGACCAACAUGUUUACUGCAGUUCUUGAUUAUUUCAGAGCCAUUGAAUUCGUCUUCCCAGGUUCUACCCAGGUUGUCACUGGAGGAGAGAUUCUUGAUGAUCUGUUUGUAACUUUGAAGAAAAUUCAGGAUCAGGUGAUUGUCACUGUUAGAAAACUGGGCUCUAUCCAGCUGGAAGAUAUUAUCAACAAAUUCUCUGAAUUCGUUCAGUUUAGCACCGAACAGGGUGAGAGGUUCCUCCUCACACUCAGAUCUCAGAAUGUAGAGAAGCUCUCCACCUUUGUGGCCGACGUCUACACUGAUGCCAUCAACUCUCAAAUUAUGAAUGAUGUUUCCAUGCAAGUAGAAGAGGCCCGCAGAAUCGUGAUCGAGUAUAUCGCAGUUGUGAAAGCUAAACUCCAGAGUAUCCUGGCUGACAUGUCCACUGAACAGCUUCAGGCCGAUAUCCAGUCCUGGAUUGAUUUGAUGUUAAAACGUAUGAAUACUUUCCAAAACAAUGUUAUCAAGAUGCUGAAAGAGAAAAGCAGAAAUGUUGAACCCUUUGUCAGAGUCGGUGACAGACAGGUGGAGGUCGAUAUUCCUUUUCCAUUUGUUGCCACAGCCAACUAAGUGACCUGACAGUGUUAAUAGUUUAAAAUAUGAAGUAACUGUUAAUCUCUUCUCCCCAAAAGGACUGAAAUGUGAAGAAAUGCUCUGUAACCAUGAUGUGUGUCUCUCUAUUGUGUCAUUCCAAAUUCUAACUGUGUAUUUCACAGUGGACUCCCAGUUGUUUUGACCCUUCUGUGCAUCUUUGUGACUUGUGCUAUUUAAAAAUGAUAAUAUGUGGCCUUCAAUAAAGACACUUUGUACUGCAGACAUCUCUGA